GUCAGUUCCUAAUUACUGCAGUGCCUAAUCACAAGGCAGUUUUGCACAUCUCAGCUGUGUCAUUGCAAAAAUCACUCGCUCCACGUGCCUUGUAGUCUCGUGCCGCCAACCUCUCAAGUUACUGAUUUUCAAUGUCGUUUUAGGUGGCAAUAAAAAAAAUAAAUCUUCAAGGAGUGAGGAGGAAGGAGCUAACCUUUAAUGAAAUAAUGAUCAUGAAGAGGCAUAGGAGUCCCAAUGUUGUGAGUUAUUUAGACAGCUACCUUCUGAGCGAGGAACUCUUGCUGCUUAUGGAGUACAUGGAUGGAGGCAUCCUGAGCGAUGUCAUCAGCCAGACCUGCCUGUCUGAAGAUGAGACAGCAGCCAUCAGUCGGGAGUGCCUGCAAGGACUGGAUUUUCUUCAUUCAAACGAUGUGAUCCAUCAAGAUGUGAAGAGCAGCAACAUUUUUCUCAGAACUGAUGGUUCUGUCAAGCUGGCUGAUUUUGGCCUCCCUACUCAGCUCACUCCUGAGCAGAGCAGACGGUGCUCACUAACUGGGACUCCUUGGUGGAUGGCGCCUGAAGUGGUGACAGCAUCUGCUCUAGUUUUGGUUGCAUCGGCUCAACACCUGAUAGCCACAGUGGGGACCCCAAAGCUGCAGCAGCCCAAGCUCCUCUCAGCUUUGCUGCGUGACUUCCUGAGCUGCUGCCUGCAGAGAGAUGAGGAGCGGUGCUGGUCUGCCAAGGAGCUCCUGCAGUUAAAAUGUGAAGGGGGUGCAGGUGAAACAGGCUCUGAGGGAUGGGCUCCUCCUCCACUCAAGUCCAAGGCAUCAGAUGAGCCCUCUUCCUCCUCACCUCCACUCUUGGUGCUCUUCAAAUGAAAAUAGUGAGGAAUCCUGGACUGGGCUGGGCUGGCAGGGUCCUGUAAAUGUCCUCUGGUGCAAGUGUCCUGCAAUGAGCAGGGACAUCUUUAAAGAGAUCAGGUUGCUCAGAGCCCUUUGCCACCGGAGCCAGAAUGGUUGCAGGGAUGGGGCACCUACAAGCUCUUGGGGCAAGCUGUGCCAGGCUGGCACCAUGCUCCGAGUAAACAAGUUCUUCCUUAGACCUACUCUGAUUAGAUGCCCUUUGUGUUUAAAAAUAUUUGUCCAUAUCCUAUUGUAACUGGCCCUGUUAUAAAAGAUAUCUUCCACUUUCUUCAAAGCCACUCUGAAGUCUUGGAAAGUGGCAAUAAAGUCUCCUCUGAGUGUUUCUGUUGCCCUCUUUUGUGAUUUGGUGGGGUGUUCAGUUUUAUCUAAUGGCAAAAGAAUUGAAGUAGAGCAAUGCAGGGUACAGAGACAUGAAAUGGUGGUGGAGGAACCCAAGGAAGCCAGUCCCAGCUGAGCAGUCAGAGAUUUGACUGUGGGCAGGAGGGGCUGUGGGUGGCUCACUGUGAGCCACUGAGGGGCCCUGGUUUGUGCCCCCCAGCCCACCCUCAGAUUUCUGCCACGCAAACAGGGACAGCUGGGAGGGACUUGUCUCAGCCCCAUCUGCUGCCUGGCACGCUCAAGCAGAUGGGAACUGUGCCAGGGUUACUGCCAGGUUGUGUGGCAGAGAGGAACUGCAGGACCCAGUGCCACUGGGCUGGCCCUGCUGGGAAGGAAGGUGCCAUCCAGCACAUGAGGACAUGGGCAUGGAUAGGUAGACACUGCUUUCUGUCCCUGUGGGAAUUAGCACAGUGCCUGUCUUUGAAAGGCAGGGACCUAUGUGAGCCAUUGGAGUUUCCUGAAAGGAAGAAAACCCAGGGACAGAAAGCACCAUUUCUAGAGCAUUGGCAGGGCAAAAAUCCCAGCGUGAUGAAGACAUCACAAUAAACAGAUAAGUGGGAUUCUGGGCCACAUUUGCCCGUGAUGGCAAGGUCUUGCUCAUUGGGGAUGACUGGGGAGCAGAUGGUCCCAUUGCUCCUCUUUCUGGGUCUUGCUAGGAACUUGAUGUAUCCUGAUUGAGUCUCUGAAGCACUGAACUUGGAAAGUAGUGGUUCACUGUUCUUUAUUGUAUUUUUUUUUUCCGGUGGACAGCAUCCAUUUGUAACUUCAGCCAAGCCAGCAUUCAUCCUGGCACAACUCAUCAAUUCAGUGAAGAAGAAGAAUAGCCCUAACCCUAAACCCUAACCCUAAACCCUAACCCUAAUCUUAAAUGCUAACUCAAACCCAAACCCUAACCCUAUCCCUAUCCCUAAUCCUUACCCUAUCCCUAGCCCUUACCCUAACCCCAACCCUAAGCCUAAGCCUAAACCUAAGCCUAAGCCUAAGCCAAACCCUAACCCUAACCCUAGGAGAUGAGAACGUAACAAUCAAGUCAAGAUGUUAUCUCUGUUACCAAUUUAGAGUAGGAUUGUAGAGUAGGGUUGUUGAAGAGAUUUGUAGCAUAGGAUUAUAGAUUAGGGUUGUAAUUAAUUAAAAUUUCUGAAACAUUAACUCAUUUGGAAGAUUCUCCUCCUUCUGACCCCUUCAGAAAAUUCAACAUUUCCUUCUGAAUUAUCAGUUGUUUUUUAUUGGUGCUAAGUCACACAUAUGGCUUCUUUUGUAUGGUUUCAUAAGUGAGGAGGGCUCUUCUUCAUUCAUCCUCUCCAGACCACACUGCCUUUGGAAUAUGACCCACUG